CACACAAGGGACUCGCUUCCACACACGUACUACGAUGCUUCGCGUUGUCACAUUCGCUGCGGUGGUGGGGUGUUCCAAUGGUUUCGUCGCACCGAACGCCGUCCGGGCAGGGAGCAACCCGACUCUCGAGCGGCACACCGUACGGAUGUCAGCGGAAGGACCGUCGGACAGGGCGCAGUUCCUGACGACUUCUGCUGCCGUGGCUGCUUCUGCCGUGAUGCUGCCGUUGGUGGCCGUGGCGGAUGAGGGGGAGACCGGAUCGAAACAGGUGAAGCUCGUGACUACCAAGCUCGGCGGGAAGCUCGAACCUUUCGCGGACGUCUCCAAGGGCUACCGCCUGGCGAAGCCACUGGGAUGGAACCGUUACGACGGGACUUCGGGGGAGUACACAGUCAAGAUGGUGGACCUCGUUGACCCCACCACACUUAUCUUGCUCACCAACUCGCCGGUCAAAUCCGACACCGAGUUGUCCACGCUAGGAUCCGCAACCCAGGUCGGCGAGAAGCUGAGCAAGGGGAGGGACAUGGAGUUGGUCAGCGCAAGGGAUCGGGUCACAGAAGGCAUCCGACUCUACGACUUCGAGUUCAAGGGAGGGGGGCGCCGCGAGCUCAAGACCCUCUCGGUGAACAAGAACAAGCUGUGGAACCUUACCCUGGGGUGCCCAGAAAAGGCCUGGGAGAAGCAAGAGGAGCCCUUCAAGACGAUCGUCGAUUCCUUCUUGCCUCGGCUGUGA